AUGUCAGCAGAAGAUACUACAGCUGCACAGCAGCCAUCCGAGAUCAGCGGAAAGAGCAAGGGAAAGCAAGCUGAACAGGUUGAAGCUGGAGACAUGAGUAUGGAUGAUGACGAGGAUUCCGCCGAGGAUAGUGGUGUAGAAGAGGCUCCAGAAGAAGGUGAAGAUGAUGACUUGGAAGAGAUCGACCAGGACAAUAUUGUGGGCGCCCGUACUCGAGGCAAGAAUAUUGAUUGGGCAGAGGCUGAGCAGAAGUUGAAAGACGACGGACAAGAUGCUGCAGACGACGAUGAAGAUGAUGAUGACGACGAUUUCGUUGACCCCGACGAUGCUAUGAAGGAUUGA